AUGGAAGAAAAGGAUGCUCUCCUACAAAUUAAAGCUUCAAUAAACAGCCCAGAGGGAACUGCUUUCUCAAGCUGGUACGGAGAAGAUUGUUGCCAGUGGGAGGGUGUUGAAUGCGAUGCAUCCACCGCUCGUAUCAGACGCAUCUUCUUUCACUACCAAAGGGAUCAAAGCUUGCUUGAAAAUUGGUAUCCAAAUGCUACCCUAUUUGCGCAGUUUAAGGGCUUGAAAGAACUUGAACUGCCAGGGAAUCGUAUCAAGGGAUUCACUUCACUUGAUGAGCUUCAAAAACUCAAGCACCUUCAAAAGCUGAAUCUGCAUGACAACUUAAUAGAAAACGCUUCGUAUCUCUGCUGGGGGAAGGGGGCAUUGCCUUCUCUUUAUUCCUUAGAUUUGUCCAAAAACAGGUUACUAGGUCAUAUUUCAGAAUGCUUCUGUGAUAGCCUGACCUUAACGGAACUAAUCCUGUAUGAUAACCAUCUCCAAGAUAACAUUUUUACAUGGUUGAGUAAUAUGACUUCACUCAAAUGUCUAGACCUCUCUGACAAUCAAUUCAGUGGUUCCUUUCCUUCCUUUCUAGUCCACAACCUAACAAAUAUUGAGACACUUACAAUCUCUAGAAAUCAAUUCAAAGGCAGGGUUUCGUUUUCCAUUUUUGCCAAUUUGUCAAGGCUCCGUCAGCUUGACAUUUCAGACAAUGCCCACUUGAAACUGGAAACAGAGUCCCCGACUUGGUUCCCAUCUCUCAACAUAACUGUGCUGAAUUUAGCUGGUUGUAACCUACGAAAUAUCCCCAGCUUCCUCUCCACACAGAACCAGCUGGAGUUCCUAGAUCUAUCGGACAAUUUAAUCAUAGAGAAAUUUCCUUCUUGGCUGAUGAAGAAUACCAUUUCAGAAUUACGGAUUGGAGGCAACAGUGUGAGUGGGCCAUUCCCUAAGACCUUUCGGAACUUGAGUUCACAGCUUACUUCGCUAGACAUCUCCAACAAUAGCUUCUACGGGCCAUUACCUGAAGAUAUCAACGUGAUUUUUCCAGAGUUGCUUGUCCUAGACGCAUCCUUAAAUGUCUUCAGAGGUGGCAUACCCCCAUCCUUCGGUAGAUUCAAACGAUUUCUCGUUCUGAAGUUAUCAGGCAACAAAUUACGUGGAGAGAUUCCCUACCUUAUGACAAGUAAUAUGAGUUCCCUUGAGUAUUUGUGUUUGAGCAACAACAACUUGGGAGGAGACGCACUUCUCAAAAAUUCAAGUUUGCCCAAGCUUAUGGUACUAGAUCUUGGCAGGAAUGACUUCACCGGGAACUUCCAAGAUAGCCUGUCGAGGAGUUUCUCACAAUCGUCCGCAUUCCCUCAAUUAAGAGUACUCAUUCUUAGAGGGAACCGUUUGCAAGGGCAAAUACCGCAGCAACUGUGCCGAAUGAGACGUUUGAGUUUAUUAGACCUUUCUAACAACUAUCUUUCUGGUAACAUUCCCGAAUGCAUUGACAACAUCACUUCUUGGACAGCGGUGGAUCAGAGGGGUGCUGAAAUGAUAUCAUACCAUCUUUAUAUUAUGACCUGUUUAGAUUUGUCCUGCAAUAGAUUGACUGGUUCAAUUCCCCUCCAAAUUACACAACUGAAAGCAAUCAUAGUGUUGAAUAUGUCCCAUAAUCUUCUCACGGGUCAAAUACCGGCAUCCCUGGGAAACUUAGAAGCGCUGGAAGCGUUGGAUCUUUCCCAUAACAAGCUCUUUGGUGAAUUAUCCCAAGAAUUAACUGCUCUUUCAUUCCUUUCGUUUUUCGACGUUUCUUUGAACAACCUAUCAGGCGCGAUACCACAAGGAAAACAGUUUGAUACGUUUGCGAAUGACAGUUAUGUAGGCAAUCCCGGUCUUUGUGGCAUCCCACUUGAAAGGAAAUGUGGUGCACAUACACAGAAACCAUCCUAUGUCUUGUCAAAUACGGCCACCACGUGCAGUUUCCUGUUUCAUUGCAUUGUUUUUAUUCUUGUUAUAAAUUUCAUUCUCUUUCCAUAG